AUGGCAUCCACCACAAGUAAUGCCGCAACAGCAUCUAUCACAACUACAAUGAGCAGAAAUACAACAGCAACAAAUGGCUCAUCUGUACCCUCAUCUGACAAUACAACAACUAAAACCACCACAAUUAUUCCCACAACAAACACUGAUAACACAAUGGCACCCACUGCAAGUGAUGCCACAACAGCAGCUAUCACAACUACAAUGAGCAGAAAUACAACGGCAACAAAUGGCUCAUCUGUACCCUCAACUGACACUACAACAACUACAACCACCACAGUUAUACCCACAACAAACAGUGAUAACACAAAGGCACCCACUGCAAGUAAUGCCACAACAGCAGCUAUCACAACUACAAUGAGCAGAAAUACAACAGCAACAAAUGGCUCAUCUGUACAAUCAUCUGACACUACAACAACUACAACCACCACAGUUAUACCCACAACAAGCACCUCAUCUAUACAAACAGAUUACACAAUGGCACCCACUGCAAGUAAUGCCACAACAGCAUCUAUCAACACUAUAAUAAGCAGAAAUACAACGGCAACAAAUGGUUCAUCUGUACCCUCAACUGACAUUAAAACAACUACAACCACCACAAUUAUACCCACAACAAACACUGAUAACACAAUGGCACCCACCGCAAGUAAUGCUGAAACAGCACCAAUCACAACUACAAUGAGCAGAAAUACAACGGCAACAAAUGGCUCAUCUGAACCCUCAUCUGACACUACACCAACUACAACCACCACAAUUACACCCACAACAAGCACCUCAUCUAUACAAACAGAUAACCCAAUGGCACCCACUGCAAGUAAUGCCACAACAGCAUCUAUCACAACUACGAUGAGCAGCAAUAGAACGGCAACAAGUGGCUCAUCUGUACCCUCAUCUGACACUAUAACCACCGCAAUCACACCCACAACAAACACUGAUAACACAAUGGCACCCACUGCAAGUAAUGCCACAACAGCAUCUAUCACAACUACGAUAAGCAGCAAUAGAACGGUAACAAGUGGCUCAUCUGUACCCUCAACUGACACUAUAACCACCACAAUCACACCCACAACAAACACUGAUAACACAAUGGCACACACCGCAAGUAAUGCUGCAACAGCAGCUAUCACAACUACAAUGAGCAGAAAUACAACGGCAACAAAUGGCUCAUCUGUACCCUCAUCUGACACUAUAACCACCACAAUCACACCCACAACAAGCACCUCAUCUAUACAAACAGAUUACACAAUGGCACCCACUGCAAGUAAUGCAAAAACAGCAUCUAUCAACACUUCAAUAAGCAGAAAUACAAUGGCAACAAAUGGUUCAUCUGUACCCUCAUCUGACACUACAACAACUACAACCACCACAAUUAUACCCACAACAAACUCUGAUAACACAAUGGCACCCAUCACAAGUAAUGACAAAACAGCAUCUAUCAACACUACAAUGAGCAGAAAUACAAUGGCAACAAAUGGCUCAUCUGUACCCUUAUCUGACACUACAACAACUACAACCACCACAAUUAUACCCACAAUAAACACUGAUAACACAAUGGCACCCACUGCAAGUAAUGAAGCAACGGCAGCUAUCACAACUACAAUGAGCAGAAAUACAACAGCAACAAAUGGCUCAUCUGUACCCUCAACUGACACUACAACAACUACAACCACCACCCACAAUUAUACCCACAACAAACAUUGAUAACACAAUGGCACCCACU